AUGGCAAUCCUCUCCUACGUCCUGACCGGUAUCACCUCCUACAUCGCCGUUACCGUCUCCCUCUUCGGCCUCUCGCUCAAAGUCCCGCGCGCCGGCUUCUUCGCCCGCUGCCUAGCAUCCUACGCUUGUCUCAUCGCCUGCGCCUCCUAUGGCGUCGUCGCCUCCUUCCUCCUCCGCCUAACCGGCUACGGCGGCCUGUCGCAAUGGACCGUCGCCUGCGCCUUCAAGUGGACUAUGCGGCUGUGCACCGGCUCGCGCUUCGAGAUCGUCUCCGGCGCGGAGUACCUCAAGACCCGGCCGGCGGUGUUCAUCUCCAAUCACCAGACGGAACUGGAUGUGUUGUUGCUCGGGGCCAUUUUCCCGCAGUAUUGCAGUGUCACGGCCAAGAAGUCGCUGUCGCACGUGCCGGUUUUGGGAUGGUUUAUGACGAUGUCUGGCACCGUGUUUAUCGAUCGGGCGAACAGGGAGACGGCAUUGAAGGCGUUUGAUGGUGCGGCGGAGCAUAUGCGCAGCGAGAGGCAGAGUGUUUUUAUCUUCCCGGAGGGGACGAGGAGCUAUUCGGAUCAGCCGAUUCUGUUGCCCUUUAAGAAAGGGGCGUUUCAUUUGGCGGUUAAGGCUGGGGUGGAUAUUGUGCCAAUUGUGGCGGAGAAUUAUGCGCAUGUGUUGGAUGUGAAGAAAAUGCGGUUUGAGGCUGGGGAGAUUCGUGUUAAAGUCCUCCCACCAAUCAGCACGAAAAACCUACAAUCAAGCGAUGUAGACGAACUAACGAAGAAAACCCGCGAUUCAAUGCUUGAGGUUAUCCAAGAGAUGUACAAGACUAGACAAACGCGGCUUGUAGACAGUUCAUCGUCGUCUUCUGCCGCCCCUAUCGAGAUGCCGGCCCAUGCUUCCUCGACUGCCAUUGAGACUUAG